GGGGGCUGGAGGGACGGCGGGCCGGACGCGGCUCACAGUGCAUCCAGCAGGUUUGAGUGUGUGUCAGUGGAAGACCCCGGGGCCUGGGGCCCGGAUCCCGAGUCCUGCCUUGGCUGUAUUUGGACACUGAAGACCGGGUCGGCGGAUUUGUUGGUGUGGAACCAAGCCGGUGUCUCGCUGGGGUCCACGUCUUCCGUCCAUUCAAGGGCAUUGCUGAGGCCUGUCGGCGAAGCAGGGGCGGCCCCAUGGACCCUCGGAGGCAUGGAAAGCUUCACCACAGGGGACGUAUAAGCUGAGCCUCUCUGGUCCCAGGUCUGAGCUCGCACAGCCAUGGGGGACUGGAACCUGCUGGGGAAGCUGCUGGAAAAGGCCCAGGAGCACUCGACGGUGGUGGGGAAGGUGUGGCUCACCGUCCUGUUCAUCUUCCGCAUCCUCGUCCUCAGCGCCGCCACGGAGAAGGUGUGGGGCGACGAGCAGUCGGGCUUCACCUGCGACACCAAGCAGCCCGGCUGCGAGAACGUGUGCUACGACGUCACGUUCCCCAUCUCCCACGUGCGCUUCUGGGUGCUGCAGAUCAUCUUCGUGUCCACGCCCACGCUGAUUUACCUGGGACACAUCCUCCACCUGGUGCGCAUGGAGGACAAGCAGAAGGAGAAGGAGAGGGAGCUCGCGAGCCACGCGGACAAGCAGGCGCUGCUGGGCGACGCGCCGCACAAAAGGGCGCUGGUGAGGGACGAAAAGGGCCGCGUGCGCCUGCAGGGGGAGCUCCUGCGCACCUACGUCUUCAACGUCAUCUUUAAAACCCUGUUUGAGGUGGGCUUCAUCGUGGCUCAGUACCUGCUCUACGGCUUCGAGCUGAAGCCCAUGUACACGUGCGACCGGCCGCCGUGCCCCAACGUGGUGAACUGCUACAUCUCCCGGCCCACGGAGAAAACCAUCUUCAUCAUCUUCAUGCUGGGGGUCGCCAGCGUGUCCCUGCUGCUCAACCUCAUCGAGAUCUACCACCUGGGCUUCACCAAGUGUCGCCAGGGCAUCUCCUUCCACCGAGGGGACCGCUCCCCCCAGAGCUUCUCUAAGGAGCCCAGCGAGGCGGCCGCGCCGUUCGCGCCCGCCUGCGGCGACUACUUCCACCAGGUCCCGUCCGGCUUCCCGCCGGUGCCCGGCUACACGCUGCCGCCGCUGUCGGAGGCCGCGGACUCGUCCUUGCACCCCUACCACAGCAAGGCGGCCUACAAGCAGAAUAAGGACAACCUGGCGGUGGAAAGGAGCAGCGGCAAGCCAGAGGAAUGCGACCUGAAAGCGAAGAAGGGAGCGGGAUCGGCCCCCGGGUCACCCACGCAGGCCAGGCCCGGCCGCGGCGCCAAACAUAGCAACAGCAAGACUAGAAUAGAUGAUCUGAAGAUAUGAGGAGGUUUAUGUUUCUCUGAGGGGUCUUAAGUUGCAGCGAGGGGGAUCGCUUGCUGUUUGGACACAUUCACACAUGCUAAAACGCCCCCUCCUCUUUAAGAUGGCACAGGUUUGACUCAUUCCAGCUCGGGGGGGAAGUGACAUUUAAAGGGCACACGAAGAAGCCGCAGCUGUACUGUAACGUGUGAAGGCUGAUGACGUUCUAGAGCACAUUUCUAAUAAUCGCAGACCUCAUCAAAGACCUCCCGCCUUUUUAUAAUGCGUUCAGCAUUUUGCCUUUUGAAAGGACUCGGUUGGAUUCAAGAAUAGAUUGUAGCGCAAGUGAUUUAUCAUGCACCAUUUGUGGAAACACAAUAAAUUCAGCCAGUGUUGAUUAGUGCUGCGGUUUGGUGAAUUGAAUUAAUACUUGUAUGGAAUGAAUCUUUCCUCUUUUCACUUUCAUCACAGAGAAUCAAGAGGAGGGCUGUCUGCUCCGCUCAGGUUUUUAUGCCGAGUUGAGUUUUCUUUCAGCGCGCAACAAAUGUGAAUCAACAAUCGAAGCGUCACUGCCCGAACGCAGCAUCCGGCGCAAUGGGCUGUUUGGCAGCUCUCCGCGGGAAAUCAGAUAGGACAAAUAGUUAAAUAUAACUUCCCUUAACCGUUUUAAGGGCUUCAACAAGCAGCAUAGUUCACUUGCUAAGACUUGAAGUGAAACGUUGUGCAAUUCCUGACAACACAUUGGACACUGGAGUCGCUGUAACUGAUUCCAGGACGCGCCUCAAAAAGAAAUUGCACUGGUCUCAGGAGUUCCCACAUUUGUACUGUCUCUUUUUUUAUUGCGACAGCCAGCAAGGACGUAAUUAUAAGCACAUUGUUUUGUUUAUCCUUGUUUAUAUCUGUGUCUGUGUCGUUUGUUUUCUAUAAAGCACUUGGUGACAACCAUCUUUGUAAAUCUGCUUAAAAUAAACCUGUCUUAAAUUUGCAAGGUUA